AUGUAUGCAGCCCUCAGGCAAAGCGGUAAUUCAACAGAGGAAAGGCUACCCUUGUCAGAGAACGACGAGUUUCAUGAUGAACUCCAUACCAAGGAAAGUACAUCCGACGACGGAUAUUACAAUGAGAAGCCAGUCAAGUCUCGGUUCAGAUUGAAAGCUCUGCUUUUUCAUUUGGGCCUUAUCACCAUUUAUUCGAUAGCAUUUAUUGGUGCGAUCUAUUCGUCCUCUCAUUCAAAAUCUGAUAAUGGGGUGCAACAUCUCAUUGAAUCACCUUUACAUGAGGCCAUUGAAAUGGAACGUAAAAUGGUUCAUGCCUCAUUCGCCAGUAAAAACCCUUUCAAGGGACCACCCUCGGAUGAGCUUGAUCAUGCAUGGCACCAGCUUUUUAUCAACUCCAAUGUUCGCGUCACAGAAGAAGAUUUGGCUAAAAUCAAUCGCACUUCUGUUCCCAUCACUGAUGAGAGGGGAGGCUAUUACGCUAUACCUGAUGUCUACCAUCAACUCCACUGUCUGAAAUUUCUGAGACAAGUCAUUUACAAAGAUUAUUACAGCAUCGAGAAACCAACUACACCGAUUCACAUUGAUCACUGCAUUGAUAACCUUCGACAAAAUCUCAUGUGCAAAGGCGAUGUGUCCCUCGUUACCUUUUCCUGGGUACCUAACGAUCGUGCCCCCAAACCUAACUUCGAAGUCGAGCACGAAUGCGUAAACUGGCAGAGACUAGACAACUGGGCAAAGGAACACCGGUUCGACAUUUUUGACGAACGAACUCUUGUCCAUCCUGAAUUGGGACCUUCAUUCCCGGAGGCCGAAUACAAAUCAACAGGCAGAGUACCAGGACAUCCGGACUUCCGUCCUAACCAUUACGAUCAUGAUAGCGAUCACAUCAACCAUAAUGACAGCUGA